AUGACGGAAUAUCUGACUCAUCUCCUCCAAGAAGAUGUCAUAUAUGACGAGGCCAACCCCAAAUACAGAUUCUUCUUCAACUCCACACAUUGCGUGGUAAGUGAAUUGUAAAUGGGUAUCUAAUGUUAUAACUAUAGGCUAAUGUAAUACCUAUAUAACAGUAGAUGUUUAAUGAAUAGCACAUCUAUAUAAAGAAUGAUCUUUCAGAAACUAGUCAAGAUCACACUAGUAGCCCAUGCCAUCCUUGCCCUACUCCCUAUCUUGUACUACCUACCGUACUCAGUGCCCACCAUCCCUAUAUACAUCGUCGUAUCUGUGGCUAGUGUGUACGGUAUUAAAAAAGCUGACUCUCUGGCUCUUCUGCCUUUACAGAUCUAUGUUGUAAGUGAAUCAACUAUAACAUGAAAGUAAAGUCUUUGCAGAAAUUAACAAUUGAUGUUAUUGUUUAGGUAACACUGUUCGUUCUGUCAGCAGCUACGCUCAUCAUGGACCCUUUAAUCGUAUACUACUGGAGGUCUAACAUUUACGAGUUCUUUAACUACGGUAAGAAAGAGGCAAUCUCAAUAUUAACAUAGUCGCAUAUUGAUUAAAGCACUUAACGUAAUUUCAAGUAAAUGGACCUAAAAUAAGAUAUUUCAGAAGGUAAAUCGUCGUAUAUGUUCCUCCUGCUGAUCCUGUCGAACAUCUUCAUGUUCCAUUUCAUCUCCACUAUAACCCUCUUCUGGCAGUACCAAGUCAUCAUCUACUGCCGAGACUACAUUACCUUGCUCCGUGAGUCUUCUGAAUACUCGAAGAUGGCCGUGCCAGAGACAUUCCUCAAUACCCAGAUCACAGAAGCCACGCCCAUCACGAUGAAGAAUCCUAACUACGCUGUCUUCUCUCUGGAGACGGUAGAUGAGAAACAACCGGCUUUAAUUACACCCACUCAACAGUAA